AUGCGCUCCCGCAACAGAGCGCUGGAGAGGCUGAACGAGGGAGCCUCACACCGUCGGGCUCGGGGCGAAAGCUUCAUGGGAGAUUUUUACACGUUACCGGUAUACUUCCACCCCGACCCAUAUUACGAAACCUACUCCUCUACCGAGAAAGACAUCGCGUGCCACCGUGGAGACGGCCCCGCUGGGCUGUAUGGCGCAGAAACAUCAGACUGCGACAGCCCGCUCUCCCUUGUCAAUGCGACCUUUAAGUGGAUCGACGAGAACAUCAAGGACACUGUAGACUUUGUAAUCUGGACUGGAGACUCUGCACGGCACGACAAUGACGAGGAGCUACCGCGAAGUGAACACCAGAUCAUUGAGCAAAAUGAGCUUCUCGUGAGCAAAUUCGUAGAAGUGUUUGGUCACGACGAGAAUGCCAAUGAUACGGAUCCCACGAACGAUUUCAUCGUGCCAAUUGUACCAACGUUUGGCAACAAUGACAUGAUGCCACACAACAUCUUUCUCGAGGGACCGAACCGAUGGACAAUGAAGUAUCUGGACGUCUGGCGGCAGUUUAUCCCGGAAGAGCAGCGGCAUCAGUUUCAAAGAGGCGGAUGGUACUACACGGAGGUUAUACCCAACAAGUUGGCUGUUUUUAGCUUGAACACAAUGUAUUUCUUUGAUUCCAACUCCGCCGUAGAUGGCUGCGCUGCAAGAACCGAGCCGGGCUACGAACACUUCGAAUGGCUACGAAUCCAACUGCAAUUCAUGCGCAUGCGAGGCAUGAAAGCAAUGAUGAUCGGGCAUGUGCCACCAGCGCGAACGGAUGCUAAGAAGAGCUGGGAUGAGACCUGCUGGCAGAAGUACACGCUUUGGAUGCGGCAAUAUCGUGACGUUAUCGUUGGAUCAUUCUUCGGGCACAUGAAUAUUGACCACUUUAUGUUGCAAGACUUUGACGACAUUGACCUCAACCAGCUCUCGGGCGACGUUGCUAUGUCUGACGUGCGUACUGCCCUGGACGACAAUGGGGAAAUCUCAACCGCGUCAGCCAGCGACUAUUUGAUUGACCUCAGACACAUCUGGGCGAAGAUACCGCGCGUGUCAAGCCUGGACGAGUCAGAAGCUGACUCGGAAGAGUUCGCCGGUGAUACAGACUACUCGUCGUUUUGGGAUAGAGUAUGGCAGUCAGUAGCACACAAGAAGAAGCAGAAGAAGCACAAGGGCGGCAAGAAGAAGAAGAAACACCCACACGACAAUGUUGGUGGACCGUGGGGGGAGCGUUACAGCGUGUCGCAUGUCGCAGCAAGUGUAGUACCGAACUACUUUCCGACCUUGAGGAUCUUCGAAUACAACGUCACAGGCCUCGAGAACAUGUUCGACCCGGCGCCCGUUGAAUACUCUGUUACGAAUACAGCAACACAGGUCUCGAUGCGAGACGAGACUCCCAAAAGGUUCGAACAGAGUCCGGAACUAGAGUCGGAGGAGACCGAAAGGUACGAGGAUGCCAAAAAUUCGCACACGAAACACCAUUUCAUCAUGCCAGAUGGUCCCUCGAAAUCCUCGCCUCCAGGGCCAGCCUAUUCGCCUCAAACUCUCGCGUUACUGGGAUACACUCAAUACUACGCGAAUCUGACUUACAUAAACAACGAUUUCGAAGACGAGGGGUUCUCCAGCCUCGAUUUGCCAUCCGAAGAUGACGCCGAACACGCGAAAUGGAAGGAGGGCAAGUUCAAGGGCAAGCGGCCUCGUGACAGCGAAAAUCCACAGCCACGUCCCAGGAAGUUCAAGUUCCAGGUCGAGUAUGAUACUAUGAGCGACAAGAUCUACGGCCUCAAAGAUCUGACCGUCAAGAACUACAUCAAUCUAGCCCGGCGAAUCGGCAACUUUAAGGUUGAGGACGCCGGUAUCUCAGAGCGCGUUCACUCGGCACAACAGCCAUCGGAUGAGCAGCCUCCUCUGGAGGUGGAGAAAGACAAACACAAGAAGGAUAAGGGCAAGAAGGAUAAGGGCAAGAAGGACAAGCAUAAAAAACAUAAGAUUGAUCAUGUUUGGUUCACGUUUGUAAGGCGCGCUUUCGUCGACACCAUGGACCUCCAAGACGUCGAGGAGCAGUUUGGACAUCGGGCGGUUCCGAAGCAGAGGGCCGAUGAUGAGGGUACUGGCGAGCUGUGA